AUGGUCAGUCAAGCAACGCAAAAAUUAUACAUCAACACUGGAAAUUUAACCGAAUGGAACAGACUAAAAGGAAAAUUUAGUCAGUCUUCCAAAAGCGAGCUUCAGAAAUGCGUCGAUGGUACUCUAACUGCUUGGAAGGAAUCGGUCGAUAUCCAAUCUUUAAAGGAUCAAGAGAUUCUGACUUGCCGGCAUGAACAAUUUCCAUCUAAAAUUAGUAGCGAUAGUCUCAAUGACUUCGAGAUUUCCGCUAAAAUAUUUGCUUUAAGUGGAAAAUCUUUUGAUGUAAAAGACGCCCUCGAACAAGUAAUCCAGGAACUUGGUAUUACCAAGGUGGAUAACGCGACAUUAUCUCUGCCACCAUCCGUUACAGAUUUCAGCAGUGACGUUCAAGAUAUAUGGCAGAUGAUGGAACAAUUUGUCGAUAAUGGACAUAUUCAAGAGAUUGGGAUAUGUGAUUUCGAUUUGAAUCAACUAUCACAGUUGCAUGAUUGGUCCAAGAUUAAGCCAGCUACAAAUUCAGUUAAUCUCUCAACCUGCUGCGUAAUACCACCGGAAUUAGUAUUAUAUGCAAAAGAAAACAAUGUGCGUCUUUUAACUCAUGCCGAUCUUAGAGAUAUUCUAGAUGCCGAUUACGUAAAAACAACUUUAAACAACUAUUUUUCUUCCGAGAAUGACAAUUGGCAACCUAUUUGGGUUGCAAGAUAUACUGCUCUCAUUAAGCAUCGCGGUAUAAUUAAGAGCAAAGGGUACAUUUUGCGUUGCGAUAGGAUUGAAGACUAAUUCUCAAGAUCCUUUUU